GCAGUGAGAGUUUUCUUGGGUAGAAGGGGAAAUUUAUGAAUAUGAAGACAAAGACCUGCUGUCAGAUCCUUGUGUUGCAUCCAGAGUGUUUGCUUUUUUCUCAAGCAUUUUAUUUAACAAUAUCAUGUGCUACAAACGUGCCUUCAGUCUGUUCAUCCACAGUUUUGUUAAUUGAAAUGAAACAAGACUAAACACAAAAGACUGCUAGGUAGUUUUAUAAACUGUCCAAAUGGAACUGUGUUACAACACACCAGUGAGCACCUUUUCCCUCUCAAUCACAAUCAUUGUUAGAGAAUUUAAAAAAAGAAAAAAUCUGACCACCCUCCUUUUCUCCUUUUCAUGGCUGAGUUUGACAAAAAGGGACAAGUGAAAGCUAAUUCUUGUGAAAGCUCCUUUAAAAUACAUGCGACUGUGGUAUGGAGCAAUACAAAGUGUGUAAUCCCCAUUGUAGGGGUCCUCCAUGUUGUCUUUGUGUUAACUGAUCCACCUACGAACCCCGCUCCAUCCCAUCCCUCCCUCCUUUUGUUGUCUCACCCUCAUUUGCCCUCUCCCUCCUGCAUGAUUUUUUUUCUUUCCUCUGGAGUUCAGUUUUGCUUUUCCAGGUUUCACUGUCAACUGUGGUACCGAAGAUGGGAGGCAGUGAAGUGAUGCUCUGUUUACCCAGAAGUCUGACUAUGUCGCCCUGAUUUGUUAUUUAUACUCUUGUUGGAAUAGGACUGAGCCAUUUGGGCUGUGUAGCUACCAGAGGAAACGGUUGAGGGGAGGAUGAAACUGAGCAGCAACUGAAGCCUGAAGUGGCCUCAUCGAGGUUUUGUGCUCUGGCGUUGUUUAUUGUCAGCAAGGAGACACUUCAGCUGGCAAUCUUAGCAGUGUCUGCCGACAGGAAUUACUGGCUGUUUUCCUUAUUUGAAAUUGAGACGCAAAUUAAAAACCUGUCGGCUGUGAGGUUUUAUGUGGAUUCUUGGAAAAACCUGACUGGAAUAACAUCUUCUGAUUGUCUUUUAUCCUGCUGAUUGUUCAUCUCUAGUGGACAUUUGUUCUGCGAGCACUAAAUAUUUCUGACAUUUCGGUCAACCAAGAGGUAAAACGCUCCGAUUUUUAUUGUGUGUAAUUGAGCAUUACUAUUUUCAACCUUUCUGUGACAGGAUACGCUUGGAGCAACAUCAGUGGCAUUGAAGCAAAGUAUCAAGUUAUAUCAGUCUGAUCCAUCUAGGUAAGGCUACACCAAACCAGGAGAGUGACCUGAAAUACAUGGCAACACAGCAAUCGGGUCUGAACCACAGUUGAAGGCAAAAAACCAAUUCCCCACACACACAAAAAAGCCUGGCUGGGCUCCAUUUCAUCUACAAGGCCCUGGGCCGUGAACCCUGAUUGAUCCUGCUUCUGUUGGCUGCCACAGGUGGCUGCACAGCUAUCAGCUACUCAAUAAUGUAUCGACUCAAACCCAGGAAUGAAGAGGAGGAGAAAGUGUGCAAGUCUCUGAUCCUUUGUAAAGGCAGGUAACUGUCGAGAGAAAGCGGGCAAUUACUUCUGGAUGAUCCAGUGAACUGACACGUGGAAAUGAAAACAAUGAGCAGAUGUUGAAGAGAAAAAGAAAGAGAUGAAAACGGCUGCUAACAAAGUGAUAUUGGUGCAAAGACCUUAAGAAGAUUGGCUAAGCAAGACGAGACAAGCACACCAAAGUAGUAGACUCUGAAAGACCAAAAGAAUAAUAACAAAAAAGUCUCAACAAAGUAGUAGUAAGAGAAAUUCAGAAGAAGCUGUACGUGUAAAGACGUGUUGCCAUCAUGGUGAACACUGGCAUGCAGCUGAUCAGUUUCACGUGCGCGGUGACCGGCUGGAUCAUGGCGAUUGCCGUCACGGCUUUGCCUCAAUGGAAGGUUUCAGCCUUCAUUGGCAGCAACAUCCUGACUUCAGAGAUCAAGUGGGAAGGCAUCUGGAUGAAUUGCAUCUACCAGACCACAGGUCACAUGCAGUGUAAGACAUACGACUCCAUGCUGGCCUUGCCUCCAGACAUCCAGGCUGCCCGCGCCCUCAUGUGUUUGGCCAUCUUCAUGGGCUGGCUCUCCUGCACUGUGUCCUGCUGUGGUAUGAAGUGCACCACCUGCGCUGGGGAUGACCGCAGGGCCAAGGCUGGAAUCGCAUUCUCUGGAGGGGUUCUCUUCAUUCUUACAGGCUUGUGUGUGCUGAUUCCAGUUUCCUGGACUGCUAACACUGUCAUCCAGGAUUUCUACAACCCCAACGUGCCUGUGAUGCACAAGCGAGAGCUGGGUCAGGCUAUUUAUCUGGGUUGGGCAGCUGCAGUCAUUCUUAUGAUCAGUGGAGCUGUUCUAAGCAGCACCUGCCCUCUCAUGGAGAGGAGCGGCAGAUACCGCAGGGGUUACAUAGGCCGGAGCUUUGCUAAUUCACCCGCUUCAGCACCAGAUCCCCCAAAACCUAUCACAUCUAAUAGUCUACCAUUGAAGGAGUAUGUAUGAAAGAACACCAGCAG